UAGUGGCUCCGUCAGCUUUUUGAGGUCUGAGGAGAAUGCAAUUUGAAAAUGCAUCAUCGUCUUCACACGCUCUUGGGCGGGUGGAAUAUGCACUACUGGCAACACAAACUGGGAUAUCGGGAUGUUUUUCUUUCACCUCAUCCCGACACUCCUGGCCUCAAUGCCUCAAUGCCUCAAUGCCUCAUGCUCUCGGACAUGAGGACUGUUAUCAUGAGAGGGAUCAGAUUUCGCCCCACCAAACGCCCACUUUGGGCACAUUGAGCACCUGAGCUCAUUAACUCACAAGUCAUACAAUGGCAAGGUUACCAGCCACCAUUUUAGGUAGGGUCCUCAUAGUAUUCGUCGUCUUUUAUUAUUGGUCGCGGAAUUAAUGAAAUCAAUCAAUCAAUUCAUCCAUUCAUCCAUCCAUCCAUCCAUCCAUCCAUCAAUCCACCCAUCUCAUUCUCGCUCUCAAUGGUUCCAUCUCAUCCCUCGAUCUAGCUUUGAUCUGUGUUCAAUCAUGGCUGAUUGCUGUCUCUGAGAGCUCUAGAGCCGAUCAAACGGAUCAAAUCAUCAGUCGGGCUUUGGAGAACUACAAGAAAGAUGUUCACCCUCGGGUCGAGGACGGCAACUCGAUCAAAAUCCAGAUUUCCAUCAUUCCGAUCACCGUGAACCUGGACGAAGAGGUUCGAGCCAUGACAUCUCACGUCUGGUUGGUAUUGUCCUGGAAAGAUGAUAGGUUCAGCUGGAGUCCUACACAACACGAAAACAUCUCCUCGGUCCAUUUCGCGCCCACCAAAGUUUGGAAACCGGAUAUCCGCUCCUACAACAGUAUUCUACACGAGGAUUAUGAGGACACGGAUGUGGUGGCUUACGCAAGUGGAGUCUGUUAUUGGAUCCCUCCUGUCAACUUUCACACAACCUGUGAACUCGAUUACACAUACUGGCCUUGGGAUGAGCAAAAUUGCAAUAUCAUCUUGGGCUCCUGGACCAAAUCAGGAACGGAACUCGAUGUGAUUCUGGGCAACCAAUUGAACUCAUCCAAAAUUGACUUGGAGAAUUUCGCACCCGGGAUUUGGUCGGUGUCCAGUGCAGUGGCUAAAAAGACUGUGCAAUACUAUGGAGACUUGUCCGAGCCUUGGCCGGAUGUGACGGCCAAGUUUACGCUCAGACGGAUAUCAUUCGUGGAUCAAAAGCUGGCCGUACUUCCUAUUGUGGUGGUGGCUGCCCUGACCUUGGCCCUAUUUUGGACCUUCCCCAUGACCAGGAGUCGGAUUCUUUUGGGAGGCAUCAAUCUUUUGAUCCUCAUCCUCAUUCUCAUCUACCUUCGCUCUCGUCUGCCUUCAGCUGGUGGCCAAUUACCCUUAGUGGUGGCUUUUACUGGAUCCUUGGUGGUGAUGGUCACCGUCCAACUGAUGUUGUCCCUGGCGUAUGCCAAUGUCCUCGUUCGAUCGGAUUCGCCUCCAGAUGUUCUACUCACUCCGUUGGAAGGGAUUUGCGGCAAGAUCUUGUGCUUGUCGGACAUUCCUUUGGUGGGAAAAAUCCCGGCUUCGGGUGGAAUCACGAUUGACAUGGCGGCGUUAACCAUUGGGAACACGGAGAGUGGAACGAAUACCUCGUUGGCCAAUAAUCCCAACCAUUCGGGUUGGAACACAUUGGCUCAAGCCUUGGAUCGCGUAUUGUUCAUCUUAUACCUUGCUAUCAUUUUGAUUUUUAUGUCGGCAUAUUUUGGAGGAGCAAGCUCGUGAUUAUCUUUUUUCUGCGGGAAAGACGGAAGAAAAUAAAGCCAGGCUCGCGCAACCUUGA